AUGGAGGGGACCAUACAAUCAUGGCGACCAUUCCUGCUCGCUUUUCUUCUCGGAUCACAGACAGUGCGAGCGUCUAUAGACCUCGACCUAUCAUCAACUGAUUCCAUAAAAUCAGCAGCAAAAGAAGCUGCCAAGGGCAUGCUAAGCUACUACACGGGCUACCGACCAGGCGACGUACCCGGUAACAUCCCAGACCCGUACUACUGGUGGGAAGCAGGCGCGAUGUUCGGCGCGAUGGUAGAAUACUGGUACUACACCGGCGACUCGCAAUGGAACGACUGGACCACGCAAGCCCUCCUUCACCAAACAGGUGAGGACAACGACUACAUGCCCUACAACCAAACCCGAAGUAUGGGCAAUGACGACCAGAUCUUCUGGGCUUUUACGGUGAUGUCGGCCGCGGAAACUAAGUACCCCAAUCCACCGCAGGGCCAGCCGCAGUGGCUUGAGCUCGCGGAGAACGUAUUCAAUUCGCAGGCCGCGCGCUGGGAUACGUCUACCUGUGGUGGUGGGUUACAUUGGCAGGCGUAUGAGUCUCUGGGUGGCUGGCAUUUGAAGAAUUCCAUCUCGAAUGGGGGGUUGUUUAAUGUUGCGUCCAGGUUGGCGCUUUACACCGGGAAUCAGACUUAUGCUGACUGGGCGAAUAAGAUCUGGGAUUGGUGUGAGGGCAUUGGGCUUAUUACGGAUAAGUAUGACAUUUAUGAUAAUACUGAUUCGAAGAAUAAUUGCACUACGUUUGAUCGGACGCAGCAUGCUUAUCUUCCUGCUGUUUUUAUGCAUGGCGCGGCCAAUAUGUACAGCCUUUCCUCAAACGCCAACGACACAACCAACACCACCAAAUGGAAAAAACGAGUAAACGGCAUAACAAACGCCCUAUCUGCCUUCUUCUACCCCCAAAACAAAAACAUAAUGUCCCAGCCAUGCGAAGUGGCCAAGUGCAACGUAAACGAACAAUCCUUCAAAGCCUAUCUAGCCCGCUUCAUGGGCGCCACAGUCCCAUUGGCCCCUUUCACGCAAGACCGGAUAAUGACGAAAAUCAACGCCUCUGCCCAAGCCGCCGCAAAGCAGUGCAACGGACCUGAUAAUAAGUGUGGGCUGCGCUGGACGGAUGGGGAUAAGUACGAUGAUACCACCGGGAUCGGGGAGCAGAUGUCUGCGCUUGAGGUUAUUCAGGCUACGCUUGUGCAUGUUGAUAGUAAGCCUGUUUCGCAUAAUACAGGUGGGACGAGUACCGGGAAUAAACCUGGUAUUGGGGAUUCGGAUGAGAGGAACACGGAUGUGAGGACGAGGGAUGUUACGAAAGGUGACAAGGCGGGGGCUGGGAUUUUGGUUGUGCUUUUUGUGUUGGCGCCGGUUGGGGCGUUGGUUUUUCUGAGUGAGAUGGUUUGA